UUUCUUUUUCAUUCUGUAGUCCGAUUUAUUGACUUGUUAAAAUAAUAUUUCAUAAUAAUGGAUUUAAAAAUGUACAUCAGAAUGACUAUCGUUUCGGUUCUUAUACUAACAAUAUUUACAGCCGUUAAUGGAAGACCCAGCGGUCAAGGUGAAGGCAAUAAGGGCAAAGGUCCUUUAAUAGUUGGAAAAGUUAUGAAAGCCGUCAAACUCGGAGAUGGUGGCAAAAACAUAAUAACCAGCUGUUGGUCACCAAGACGUAGGGCCACCAAUGAUGAAGAUGAACCCACAAACGCCGAUAAUAAAAUCACCAGCGUUGAAGGAGGAAGUAGUGGUUAUAAUGACAAUAGGGGCCAAGGAGUUGCGGGCAUGGCAACUUUCAAUAAUACACAGCACACAUCUACAUAUUUGUUUUUCAGUAACAUUUUUAGAAAAUUUCUUAUUCAAAUUUGGUUACCUGAAAUUUAG